AUGGCAAUCAUCAUUCCGUCUCUGCCGGUGCAACACCGCGACUUUUUACAUCACAUUCGAUCGCACCCCAACACAUCCUUUCAGGAGUUAGUGAAACCGUUCAACGAUUUCGAUGUCGUGGCCAGGAAGAUUUUUGCGCAAGAUUCAUCUCAGACGCUGCGCAAAGAGAAUUGUGUCAAUGUUGUUCCUUUGUACAGUGAGACCACCAAGGAUGCCGACAUCCGAAUCCGAGCUCGGGACUUGAACUCAGAGAGCUCGGAACAAAAGGAAAAGUACCUCCUUCCUCUUUCUCCAAGCAAGCGCCGGAGUCACGGCUCUCCAGCCGUAGUGCCUAGUUUGGAAGAGUUUCAAAAGAACUUUGCGCUCUUCACUGAAGGCGCUUUGAGUGAUCUAGACUGGAGCAACGUCGUCGCGGCUGGAUCGGCCGUCGUCACAUCGCUCCUUCCUGUACCAAAAAAGUACCAGAAUUCCAAGCGCGGUCUACGCCAGUACUACCACGAUGAAUUUGCACCAGCUUCGGAUGUUGAUCUGUUUCUGUACGGAUUGAAUGAGGAACAGGCCAUUGAAAAGAUCAAGCAGAUCGAAGACAAAAUCCGAAACACCAUUCUCUACGAGACUACGACAAUUCGCACGAAGAAUGCUAUCACGAUUGCUUCUCAGUAUCCCACGCGACAUGUACAGAUCGUUCUUCGUGUCUAUCAUUCGGUGUCUGAGGUUCUUACAGGCUUCGAUGUCGAUUGUUCCUGUGCGGCCUACGAUGGCAAGCAGGUCUAUGCAUCCCCUCGGGCCAUUGCCGCUUUCAUUACCCAAACAAACCAGGUGGACUUGACACGUCGAUCUCCCUCAUACGAAAAUCGACUUUCCAAAUACUCGCACAGGGGAUUCGAGGUUUUCUGGCCGCUCCUUGACCGCUCCAAGGUAGACCCAACAAUUUUCGAAAGAAACUUCACCAGAACAGAAGGUCUUGCAAGGCUUUUGAUUCUUGAGAAGCUACCAAAGUCCGAGGAUCGAGACAGUUACCUGGCCAAACGGCGCGAAGAGCGUGGGCGACCUCCAUUGAGCCUCUACCUACGUCGGCGUCAAGGCCGAGAGCUGCGCGGCAACAUCAAAGAUGACUGGGAAGAUGAGGUUCCAGACUGGCAGGAGGAGGACCAGAUAUCAGACUAUCAUACUUUCACGAUUCCCUACGGCAAAAGGUUCAAUGCACGCAAAAUUGAGAAGAUGCUUUACACAAAAGAUCUUCUUCUGAAUGCGGAGUGGAAUCAGGAUCGUUCUCGUGAUGUCUAUCUUCAUCGGCAUCCUGCCUUCUUCGGGGACGCGGAAGAUGUCAUUGGCGAUUGCUGUGGCGCUUGCCCUCAGCCCAUCACAGAAGAAGAACAAAAGAUUGCCGAAGAGGACAACAAGAAAUACGUGUCUGGCAAAAUCAGUUUCAUCAAAGACAAUCCUGGACGGCAAGAAAUCGGCAGCUUCAACCCGAUCACCGAGACUGAUUGGACAGCAAUGGCAUAUAUUGGCAGCACAGAGAAGCUUUGCCAAGCCAUCGUAUCGCACGACCUCGAGGCGGUAAAGUCAUUGCUAAGUCAAGAGGGUGUAGACCCGGAUCGCCGAGACUACAGCGGGAGAACACCUCUGCAACUGGCGUGCAUGUCAUCCAGCCCUGAGAUUGUUCAGUGCCUGGUUGAUCACGAUGCUCGGCUGAUCGCGCGAAUGGCGGAUGGACAAACAGCAUUACAUCUGGCCGCUACUCGAGGGGACAUUGAGAUAGUGAGGAUUUUACUCAAGCGAAGCAAUGAGAAUCAAGAAGCGGAGGACGAGAAGACAAAGCAAUCGGCUCCAGAACAAUUGAAAAGCGCAGAGGAUGUCGACGGUAUGGACGUGGACGACGACGAAGAUGUUGAUGAAAUGGAGCAACCGAACGACCAUGCAUCUCGCACGUCGGCUUCAUAUGUCAAAAUUGAGAUGAAUCCCAAAGGAGAAGUCUCCGCUACUCACGAUACGAUUGAAGAGAACGACUUGGAUCCAGACGUCUACGAUAUCAAUGUGACUGCGUGGGACAAUCUUGCGUCGCCGCUCCAUCUGGCUAUUCUCCACGGCCAUGUGGAAACAGUCAAGGAGCUUGUCACAUCUUUUGGAGCAGAUGUUUCGAUGCCAAUCAAGAUCAGGGAUGACUAUAAUCAGCGAGCUAAAGCUGCAAUCUUGACAUUGGUUCUAGUCCUUGCUCUUCCUCUGGACAAGGCGAAAGAAAUGUCGCAAGCGCUGCUCAACCUUGGCGCAUCACCUGCUCAAGGAGAUGUCAAUCGGCAUACGCCUAUUGACUAUAUCGCGCAGACGGACUACCUGGAGCUCCUGGAUGUGUAUCUUGAGCAUGACGGUCCAGCGGUCCAGCGAGCGAUCAAUCACAACGUGGUCAAGAAUGACUCUUGGUACGGGUCACGAGCGGAUAUCUCUUCCCCAUUGGUGAAUGCACUGUGUGCUCACAACCCUGAAGGAGUGACCAAGCUUCUGGAAUUAGGAGCCAAACCAUCCUUCACUUUAAGUGACUACUUGGAUGCCUUGAAGUCACAAGGCAAGACUGCGAACGACAUCGGUGGUGAGCAGAAGAUUGCGGAAAAGAAAAUCAAACAACCCCUCAUCCUCGCCAUCGAGAACGAUCUUCCUCUCGUUGCUAUUGAGCUUCUCAAUCGGGGUGUUGACCUGAAUUGCGAGUAUGAACAAAGCUAUAGCUCAUACCAGACCGCACUGGAUGCUACAAAACAUCGUUUGGCAGAACUGGAGAAUGAGCUAAAUGAAACACCGAAUAUUCAUAUCCCAUAUGGCACCCAUAUGCACCCAGAUCCCGUCAUUCUCGAGAAAAAUGACGAAGAUUAUCUCACGGGCAUUGAAGACGGCACUUAUAAAAUGCUGGCUUCGAAAGGCUUGAUCAGAAAAGCCAAAAAAGAUAACAAGAAGUACGAAGAAGUCACAGAGCGUCAAAAGGCCGAUGCACUCAAGCAGAGGGAAAGAGAGGCUGAGAAGCGGAAGAAAUCCGAGGCACUCACACAGAAUUACAAGCUUCUGGAGACCGAGCUGUUGUCUCGUGGAGCGAAAACUUGGGCUGAGCUUCAUCCCGGAGAACAUUCAAACCCAUUCCCGAUUCACACGCGGCACAGGCAGCAGGCCAAGAAGCCCGCUCAGCCUUUUGAGCUCAAGCUAUUCAAGACUUAUCUCAAUUUUGACGCCGCUACAUAUGACGGAUACGUGGAAAUGUUUGAGGCUGCUUGGAGGGGAGACCUCGACAAAAUCAAAUCUUUCACGCUCCAGAUGUGGGGCCCAGAGAAGGAUCGAAAGCCACUGAUACUGUCUCAAACUGAUGCUUUGGGAAAUUCUUGUUUGCACAUUGCGAUCGUACGCGGUCACCUUCGCGUGGCCAAGGGUAUCCUGAAGAUUCUUCAAGCACAGUGCAAGGUUAAGGAGUCUGAGACUCGGAAACGUUUUGAUAUGGACUCGGACACGGACACAGACUCCUCUGACGAUGAUGAAGAUCUCAGGAUCGUGGGCCGCGUUGUGGACGAGCAAUUCACUCACGACGACAUCGGAACAAAGUCAAGCCAGGUCGAAAGCAAUUAUUCGCCACGGCAGGUACUGCAAUUCACCUUCCCGGUUGAUCUCUUCUCAGAAGAACUUCUCAAUCAAAAGAGACACAAUAUCGUGGCUAUGAGCAAAUGGGCCGGCUGGACUAUGGAGGUUUGUACACUCUUUCAGUAUGCCAUUCACAAAAAUGACCUCGGCUUGCUGGAAUGGCUCAUUCGGGCUGGACACGAGUGUGCAAGUACCGAUCCGUCAGACAAGAACCCAUUCUCUCUGCAGCAGGCCGAUUUCCAGCUCGCAAUGAUUCUCGGCCACAUCGAGUGUCUGAGCCUCAUGAUUCAAAAGACGGCAGUCGGCCUUCCAUUGGAAAACAUGAGCAAAAAAUCCGGAAUUGCUGCUCCUGAAGAACAUGAGUACUAUCAGGGACUAUCAAUCCGAGGUAAGAAGCGCAAGGAUUGGGCAAGUGCUGGUCGGCCAGAGAACGAGAGACAGACUCGAGGAACCCAAGAGGUCGGUCGCUCGCCUGUUCUCAUUUCUGCUUUGCUGGGCAAACUAGCCAGUACUGAGUGGUUCUUGGGCACCGCUCCGGGUCGCUAUUAUCUUGAGUAUGUGAACCAGCAUGCUACGGAUGAAGCUGUCCAGCGGCUGUCCAAGUCCCGGCUCGGUCUAGAAGCAUCCGUUAUGCAAUGGCUACAAACUCGGAAUGAACUGGUUCUUCAUUGCGCAGUGAUGUCACGUCCCUGCGACGAGUCGGAAAAACUUGUCCAGUUUUUGGUGGACCAACACCCAGAGUGCCUGGAAGCUCGCUCGUCUGAGGGAUACACGCCCCUGGCGCUGGCGUUGUCUUUGCGACGGCUGAAAUUCGCUCAAAUCUUGAUCGAAGCUGGAGCCAACCAGGCUGUUCGGGACGCGCAAGGUCGCAACCCCCUUCACAUGAUUCUCUGUUCAACCCAGAUGGGUGUGAUGCGAUUGCCUGGCCAGGCCUCGGCCUUGAUAGAUUUGCUGAACAAAGAGCAAGUUCUCGCCAUGCUUACCCAGCGUGCGGGUCAAGGAUCCAAAACACCAUUUGCAGACUGGAUCCACAAGCGCGGCGCACUGAGCCCAUUGGAACCACCAUCCAAGAACCCGAACGAACCAUCGGACUGGCAUAAUGCCCGUCAAAUCGUCAAGAUUUUCCUUGAUCUCGGCGAAUCCUCGAGCUACAGGUUCCUGGAAUUACUCGAUGGUGCCGGAAACACAAUUGCCCAUGACUGUGUCAAACUAUGCUUCCCUCAGAUUCUUGACUGGAUUCUCGACCGACGGCCGGAUCUCCUGUAUCGCGAGAAUGCCACUGGAACAACUCCCCUUGAGAUGGCGGUCUCGGCUUGGGUGAAUGAGACCACUCGAAACCCCCCCGAAAUUGCUUCUCAGAGGGAUCGCUGGCACUACUCACGCUUUCAAAAAGCGACCAGCUACAAGUUCAAGAGCAACGUCACGGACGAGAGUGAAAAGACUACGUCCCAGAUCAUGCUCGAGGCUUGUCGGAAGCGGGCCACCCGAAAUCCGGCCAAAAGACGCCUUGUCACCCUUUAUGAAGCGAAUGAGGUUACCAAGCGACUGGCUGUGAUGGAGAAAUCCCGCGAGAACUAUGAGGAUUCUGGAAAUAGCUCGGGGCGAGGCUACCGUGCCUCUCGAUUCGGACGUCGAUAUGGCCGAUAUGGUGGCGAUGAGGAAAAGGAGCUGGAAAUGGAUGAAGUUGCUCUAUGGGGCCAGUGGGCUGCUCAAUGGAACCAAUCGACUAGCGAUGCAUGA